UUUCUGUUUAUUCCGGUAAGUCGAGUCGAUUCCAAGAAUUUUUAUAGGUCAAUGGAAUACCAUAUAUGGAGCGUCGCCGCGUAAGCAUACUACAUAAAUAUAUGUUGUGUAAAACCGUAAGCGUGUUUAUAUUGGUAAAUUAUUAUAAUUAGCACCACGAUUUAAGGACACAAGUCCUUACAUAAUUGAAGAACGAGUCGCGUUCGUUGAAACGAAUCAUUUUUCUCUCAUAAAGAUAAUUUAUAAAGUUGAUUAAUUAUCCAAAAUUGACAAAGUUUUAAAGAAGAAAAAUCAUGGCGAAAGGAGGAUUGGUUCAAUGCCAAAAUAUAAAUCGUUGCGAGUUCGAUUAUACAGAUAUAGUUUGAUAUUAUGGAUGCAGUAUACGGUGAAAUAAAACAUUCGAUGUCGCUGUGCCACGACGUAAAUCAUAGGUCCUCUCGUACGAAGUAGACGAAUGAAAAGAAAGCAAAAGGAAGCUAUCUAAAAAUAGCAAAGAUCUCGAGUAGAAAUCUCUCGAUUCUCGCGAGAGAGGGACGUCAUGGUUAGGCGAGCAGACGCAACGAAUCCGUUUUGGUCGAGUUUUCCGCGAAUCUCAACUCGGAUAUUUAGGAAUUUGUGCUUUACAAUGCGUUAACUGGCAGUUUGACCAUCUAUGAAAACGCUCGCGUGCUCUCGAUGAAUUCUCGUUUCCGUUUCUUCGUCAGUUAAGCUGCAUAAGUUCGCUUCUUUUGUCGAAGACGUUUGCAUGCACCGUAAAACCUCUCUCCUCUUUAUCUCUGGUAACGCAUCGUAAAACCGUAUCCGCCGUACGCGGAAGUCGAAUGCUUUUCCUGCGCUUAAAAUGUCCGAAAGGUUCCACCUCGAAAAAUUAUUAUUCGCCUAGAUAUUUUUAGCGGAGCGCCUUUCUAUUUACUCGUGCGUUUUAUUUUUUCGGCCAGGAGACACGGUAGGAGACGUUGCGGCGACUCUUCAGCUCGAAAAUUCUCAGCCUGAUGUCUCUCUCUCUCUCUCUCUCUCUCUCUCUCUCUCCCCCCCUUCCCCCUGCCUUUUGGUACGACGCCUUCGUUUAACUUUAGAUUCGGUUAAGCCCAAUUAGAGUCACGUCACGUUAACGAGCAUCGAAAUAACGUCGCCAUUAGCUCGAUGUUAGCGAUUAGUUUGGCUCGAAAACGAGCUAACAAGCUGGAGACUGGAUUAUAAUUUUCCACUACUUUCAAAUCGCAUUAAUCAAGUUUCGUAAUCGAAAAAGAAGUAUCUACAAUUAUCGUAUAAUUACGAGAAGAAGGCUGAUGGACGUAACGCCAACGCAAAUGCGAAUGGAGUUACGGGAUUGGGUGAUGUUUCGUACGUAUGAUGAGAGGACAUCAUCGUUAACGAGCCACGACGCUGUAGCCCACCGAACACGUUCUUCUCCCGCGUAUUUUUAUAGCUCUCACUCGCGAAAGACCAACGUGUUUCCCAUUAGCUCGAUCACCGAGGAAUUCUUAACGAAGGAAAAUGAGGGGAUGAAAAUCGGUGAAAAGAGGAUAAAAUGAACGGACAAAUCGUGAAAAGGAAGUAUGAACGAUAUCAUUGAUAUCGUUGGGUUCGCGAAGGAGACGACCCUUGGAGGAUCGAGUUCACGGAGAAGGUUCAGACGGAGACGAGAUAUCUCGAGAAAAGUGCGAGAGAGCAGCAAGAUGGCGGAUAGGCACGAAUAGGCGGCGUCCCUACGACGUCGUUGGCUGUAGCGUUGGCCAAUGGUUGCGCGAGGAAGGCCUCAAAACGCCACGACCACUGCCAGUCGCGAGUUUGCCCGAGAAGCAGGGACGUUGAGAAGCCGGGACAAACACGAGGAGCGCGACGUCGGGGAGACAGGAAUUAAAAUGCGCCCGACGAGCUUCGCCAGUCACCCGUCGACUCGUGCCCGAUAAGGUCGAUGCACGUUACUUCUCCUCUCGUUGCUUCUUCUCUCUUCCUAUUUUCGCGUGGACUGUGACGUCGUCGUCGUCUCUCUCUCUCUCUCUCUCUCUCUCUCUCUCUUCUCUCUCUCUCCCUCCCUCUGUGUAAAUAUAUCCAUUCAUGUGAUCGAGAGAUGCAAUGAAUUAACAUGUGUCAGGAUGAGGACAAGAGCUUCAAAGUUCUGUGUUGAGAUCCGUGAGAAAUAGGAGGAAGAAGGUAGAUAGAUCGUGCAAACUACGUUCGAUGGAUCCAUGGAUUUAAUGGACGAACGAUAUUUGUGAUUCUUGAAGAAAAAUCGAGAAUCCUGUUGGAAGAUAAUUAAAAUGACGUUCGUUCGAUAGGUCGGACGAUGCAUUUUUUUCGGUGAAAAAGGUUAAAGGGAUUUUUUGAUCGAACAUGGACGUGGAUUCGAAUAUCGAAGAAACGGAGUUGGACGUUGGUUCAGCGAGCGACGAAUUGGAAACGUCGAUCGCCGAAUCUAAAAUCGCUCGACGUCCAACGCCAAAGCCAUUUACCAUCGAGAGUCUUAUAGGAAGUUGCACGGGUGCAAGAGGGAAUUGUACCGGUGACAUCGGUAUGUCGAAGAACGAAAAGACCAAUGGAAAUGAAGAAGGUAGUGAAAGGGAGAGAGAAUAUCUUUAUCAACGACAUUAUCUUGCGACGGCUGCGGCUGCUACUGCUUUGCCAUCAGGUUUUGGUGUACCGUUGAGUUUGUACGGGGCUUGGCUACCUAUGCGAAUGUAUGGCGGCGGUGGCGGCGGCGGCGGCGGCGGCGGCGGUGCUUCCGGCGUCCCAAUGUUACCGCCACAUUCCUCGGUCAGUUAUCCUUCUCAUCAGGAUUUGCACCAGAAUCGAUUAGUUCAUCAUUUGGGAGCCGGUACGAAUCAUCUUCAGGGUGCGGCUUAUCCCAACAACAACACCUUCCAUCGGUCUAUAAAUCAGCGUGGAUCUACCAGUUUCACGGACAGCGACGACGAAGGUAGCAUCGACUCACCGCCCUCUCCUGUUCACGAUCUCUCCAAAUCGAGACUAGGAUCAGAAAAUGGACGAGCCUCUGCCGAGAGCGAAGACGAAGGCGGAGGAACGAGCGGCACUGGCGAGGGACUCGAUACUACCGACGGCUCCGUCAACGGUACCAGAAGCAACGGUUCUCCCAAUGGACAAGGUCACGAAAGUGCCCGUGGAAAUUCCUCGUCUAAUUCGUCAUCCGGAAACAAAGCUCGUCGUAGACGAACUGCCUUCACGUCGGAACAACUUCUCGAGCUUGAACGGGAGUUCCACGCUAAGAAGUAUCUCAGUUUAACGGAGAGAUCGCACAUAGCGCAUGCCCUUAAGCUUUCCGAGGUCCAGGUCAAGAUCUGGUUUCAAAAUCGUCGAGCAAAGUGGAAGAGAGUCAAAGCUGGGCUCAAUGGCAGCGGAGGAAUCGGUUCGAACGCUUCGUCGAUGUCAAACUCGGGCGCAGCCGGUGGCCGUCACGGUGGAAGUACCGGACAACAUACCGGAAACGGUACGAGAAUCGUCGUACCAAUACCGGUUCACGUGAGUCGAUUGGCCGUGAGAUCGCAUCAUCAUCAUUUGGAGAAAUGUGCAAGACCAGCGCGCAUAAGAACGACUACGACGACGACGACGACGACGACUGCAACGUCUACGGCAGGAGCAGGAGGGGCGACUGUGAACGAAGUUUGUGCGACUUCGUCCUCCUCGAUUCUCGUUUCCGACGCUAUGGGUUUGGUGAGCUCCUCGAUGAACUUACCCAGUCAAUUGCAAAGUUCACCUUUGGCCGUAGGCGUUGGAAUCGGCGUAGGCGUCGGAUUAAGGGCCUUCAGCGUGCCAGCUCAUCGGGAUGGACUCAAUUCGGCUGGAAGGUAGUGAACGCUCGAAUCGCGAUCGCUAUCGCUCACAUCUUCUUUUACUUUUUAUCAGGAUAACGUUGUUACAUAUACAUUCCCUUCGGCGCAAUAAUUACCACCUACCUGCUACCGUGAGUCUGAAAUCGAGUCUUUUCUUUUUUUCUUUCUUUCCUCCUUUCUUUCUUUUUUUCCUUUUUUUUUCUUUCUUUGGUUUUUUUUCUCUUCUUUUUUCUUAAUAUUCCUCGCACCUUUUUCUCAACGAAAAACCCCUUCUCUCUGGGGGUCUUUAAAGAAAAGAGUCAUUGCACCCGGCGCUACUAACUGGAUAAGAAAAAGACACACGUGCAAAGCGUAAGAACGAAGGAGUAAAAAGAGUGAACGCGACGGUAGCCGCGACGGUAAAUAGACAUAAGAAUCGAAAGCUGUAAAUAGGAACGCGCGUAUCUCUAGGAUCGUAUUGUAUAUACAUCGGUCAUGCAUAUUAUAGAUAAUUUACGUUAGGCACGGUUUUACCCUAUCGCGCUCUACUCUGUUACGGUGAUAUUGUAUCGAUUUGCCGUGUGAUUAUCGCAGCUGUAUUAUACCGGUGUCUCGCAGAACGUUGCGACAACGUUUCUCCUACAUACAUAUAUAUAUAUAUG